UGCCUCUCUCUCUCCCUCCCUCCCUCUCUCUCUCCCUCAUUGUGAUCGUUUGCUCUCACAGUUCAACAGAGUUUGGUUUGGAUCGCAGCUGCUUUCCUGAUCAAGAUGUUGGAGCUUUUCUAUUCGCCAAAAUGAACACAGACUGCACCAAGCCUUCUGUUGCUCCAAAGACAAGAUUUGUUGGUCACACCAACCUGAAGCUGCCCUCCCCUCUCAUGUCUGCACUCAGGGGUCCCAAACCAACUAUCGCCCCAAAACCUAAACUCACACCAGAGCUUAAUGGCAACCAGGGCGGGUGCAGUGAAGGAAGUUUUCUAAAUUCCGAUGGUGAGGUUGAUGAAGAGCAAGAGACGCAGAAUGGUCCAAAAAAAGGGAUUAGAGCAGAGGAACACUUUAAGGUCUCCAUCCUAAAAUCACCGGGGAAAGAUUUACAGAAUGUGUCACAGGGGUUGGAGGAUGGAGAAAUGAAAGAAGAGGAAAAAGUAAGGGAAGAGGACAUGAUUCACAAGAUGGAUGAGGACAGGGGAUUAACCGACAGGGGUUUAACCGAAGAGGUGGACUCCCUGGAAACACUGUGGGUCAGUGCUGAACUCACAGCCGACUCGAAGGCGGCGGUGGAGAUGAUUGACACGGACUUGACGGAGGACAUGGAGGCUGAAGAGUGUGAUGCAGGUGAGGCGCUGGCUGACACAGAUGGCCUCUCAGUGGGAGAUAUUUCUGUUAAUAGCAUCGAUGAGGAGGCAGGCUGCUCUUCUGCUGAAACUCAAGACAUGGAGGAGAAGCAAGAAAAGCUCAGAAUCAAGGAGGAUGAAACAGGCGACAGUACAGCAGAUGAUUUAACGGAGUCUCUCACAGAUGGAUCUGCUAUCCCCAUCAAUGAAAACAUGAAGGACACCGAUACACAACUAGUUUUCCUAUCAGAUGGAGAGGAGAGGGAGGAGGAUUCUGUUUCAGAUUGUGGCAUCACUUGCAACCUCCUUAAGUCGAGAUGUGGUCGUAAGAUGAAGGAAAAGGGUGAAAACCUACAGAACAUUGGUUUUUAUGACUUAAUCCCUGAAGACCAGAGACAUUUCUGUGAUACCACUACGAAAUAUGUUGCCUUAGAGGACGAUCAGAUCCAUGAGCCUUAUUAUGUCUGUUCGAAUGACAUCAUUAACCGAGAGAUAAUGCCGAGAAAUAUUAGACUGCCAGUUAGUCCACAAACACCACAGAAACUUUCCUCUGUAAACAGAAGUGGAAUAUCUGAUGGGAAAUAUGAGGAAACAGGGGAAAAUGGACAGAUCGCGUGUAUGUCUUCUGAGGAUUAUGUGGAGAUUAGAAACGGUGAUGAACACAAGAAAAGGACAUGCCAGAAAAGACCGUCUUUCAAAACGGAGGAGCACAAAGCUCAUACAACACACGCCUUGUCAGAUCAUUUGGACUACCAGCCGAGGUUCAGGCUGGUAUCCAUCUCUGUGCCAACGGACACUGACGCCUCGCUGAACUCUUCCCUAUCAGAAAGCCAGCUGCUUUCCCCGAAUGAGUUGGACGUCCUCAGAGAUGAGGGGGACCUGGAGGGUCACAUCGUUCCGUUUCUUGACGACACCACUGAUACAGAGCAGGACAUCAUUGAUGAGCACGUUUAUGAGGAGCCGGGGCACAGUUCAGAGGGUGAAAAUGUUUUUCUAUGGGACAGGAAGGUCACAGGGAUGCAAUCUCGCUCACUGUCACACUGCAUUAAUAACAAUGGGAAUGAGAUGGGAGAACAGUUUGCUCAGAGCCCCUACACGAGUGGAUUCGGACAACCCGCUCUGAGCAGCAGCCCCAUGUUAAACUCAGUGCGGCACAAUAGCUGCACCAAACCCCACUAUCUAUCCUUGUACCCCCGCUCCCUCUCCAUGGAGGCACAAGACAUGCCUCUGUGUGUUUACAGAGACAUGGAAGACUCGCAGAGACAGAGAGGUGCCCUUUGUUCAUCGGGAAGCUUCUCCAGGUGCUCACCCCUGUCAUCCAGCGGCUUGUCCACACCAACAUCUGUGGUGGAUAUUCCUCCUCCUUUUGAGCUGGCCUACAUCACCAAGAGGCCCAUCACGAAGAGCUCCCCCUCGCUUCUCAUUGACGGAGACUCGUCUGAGAAAAACAGGAAAAAGAAAUCCUCCAUUAAGCGCUUCCUGAUGCUCAAGUUUAGACGGAAAACGGAGAACAAGUCUUCGGUGGAUGUCAGCCCGUGUUCCUUUAAGACCUCAGCAGAGUCCAGCCACCACACGCCCAGCAGGCUGCUGGAUUUAGAUAGACGUAGCUUAAGUAGCUCUCCACAGCUAAACUCACGCUCUGCUAGUAAACCUACAGGUUCAUCUGAGCCGGCCUCCACCUUCUUGUUCUACAAGGACAGCAAAAGGAAAGGGAGCGCUGUUGCAUUCCUCAAUCGCAGCGUUGUCCGCGUGGAGUCCUUUGAGGACCGCUCCCGUGUGCCUUUCAUACCUCUUCCCCUGACCAAGCCACGCUCCAUCUCCUUCCCCAACACCGAUACCUCAGACUACGAGAAUGUUCCUGCCAUCAGCUCCGACUAUGAGAAUGUCCAGGUCCCACAGCAGAGGCCUAUUCCACACGGACCGUUCACAGGUUUCUUUGACCGUCCAGCAUCCAGUCGAGUGCUGUCGUCUGCCAAUGACACGGACGGUUAUGUGGACAUGAGCAGCCUCCCUGGCUUCAAGAGCAGAACUCAGUCACCUGAAGAGGAAACAGAAAGUGCCUACACAGAAGCCUACAAUGUGUGUUCUGUGGCUGUCAGUCCGCUGACCGGUUCAGUGGCUGAUGUCAGGGGAGAGACGGCAGGUGAGGAAGACCAGGGCCGCACCUCCGAUGAGGAAGAUGGAGGCGCAGACAGCAAUUAUAAUAGACAGGCGGAUGGCCGAUCCAGAGCCUUUUACAUUGCGAAAGAACUGGUGGAUACAGAGAGAUUGCAUGUGAAAGCGCUCAAGCUUCUUCAGGAAGACUUCCGGGAAGCGGUGGGUUCAGCUGUUGGGGAUGAGGGUGAACCUGUGGUGGAGGAAGAGAGACUUCGGGAGAUUCUCAACGAGCUGCCUGACGUUUACACCCUGCACCGCAGAAUCCUCACCGAGCUGGAGAAUCGACUCCGACAAUGGGAGGAGAGCCAGAGGAUCGCCGACAUCUUCCUGUCCAGAAAAGCAGAGUUCUUGGUUUUUACCACUUACAUCGGCCACUACGACAGAAGUAUGAGCCUGUUGGAGGACAGCUGCCGAACUUCACCUUGCUUUGCAGCAAUUGUUCACCAGUUUGAGCAGCAGAGUCCAAUCGGGGAAAAGGUUUCUCUCAAACAUCAGCUCCUGCAGGUCAUCGUGCGUGUUGCUCAGUAUCGCAUGCUCCUGACUGAUUACCUGAACAACCUCUCCCCUGACUCCAAGGAGUAUGAAGACACCCAAGCUGCUGUGGCGAUAGUGUCCGACAUUGAAGAUCAAGUAAAUGACAGCUUAAAACAUGGGGAGAACUUGUUGCGUCUGGUCAACAUAGAGUACAGUGUUCAUGGCCAGCGAGACCUGCUGCAGCCUGGCAGGGUUUUUGUGAAGGAGGGCACCCUGAUGAAGGUCGGCAGGAAGAGUCAACAGCCCAGGCACCUGUUUUUGAUGAACGACGUUUUGCUCUACACCUACCCUCAGCAGGACGGGAAAUACAGACUGAAGAACACUCUGCCACUUGCUGGGUUGAAGGUCAGUAAACCCAUCAUGGAAAAUGUCCAAAAUGCACUGACGAUGGAAGGAACAGACAUCUCCAUCACUCUGUCUGCAAGUUCCUUCAUUGAAAGAGAGGACUGGUUUUACACUCUCAGCCGCGCUGUCACUGAACACACCAGGGGAUCCGCAGCAUUCAACAGCUGCUCAGGAGACGCCAGAGAUCGUCUGAAUCUGUCUCUCGGAGAGAAAGCUCCCACACUCGUUCCAGUCUCACAAGUGAUGAUGUGCAUGAACUGCACCGCAGAUUUCAGCCUCACUCUUCGUAGACACCACUGUCACGGCUGCGGGAGAAUUGUUUGUCGAAGCUGCUCCAGGAACAGAUAUCCACUGAAAUACAUGAAAGACCGCAUGGCCAAAGUGUGUGAUCACUGUUUCAACGAGCUAAAGAAGAGAGGGGGAGAUGUGUCUGCUCUGACGGCUAAAAGCAGCCCCCGUCCAAACCGCUCCAGUCGUCCCCUCUCUGCCGUGUUCCAAAACAUUCAUCCUCCCAACAUUUGGAGACAUCGGAAAGGCACCGCCUCCUUCAACCAGGUGACAGUGUCAGAGGAAGGCUCCAUUAGUGGCAGUCUGGAGCGCAGCAAGAAGAGCAAGAGGAACUGGAAGAGACUGUGGUUCCUCCUAAAAGACAAGGUGCUUUACACCUACCGAGCUCAAGAGGAGAAAGCAGCUUCGGAGAGUUUGCCUCUGUUGGGUUUUACAGUGAAGCUGCCCGACAGACAGGAGAGAGAGGAGGAGGCCAACGUCUUCCAGCUUUACCACAAAAACACUUUGUAUUACACCUUUAAGGCUGAGGACAACCACACAGCCCAGAGGUGGGCCAAUGCCAUGGAAGAAGCCACAGUUUUAUAGGAUCAGCUACUGUGGCGAGCUGCUGAAAACAGAAGUCUGCUGCAUUUCUUCUGCUACAACUCCUCUCACCAAAAAGCAGACUGUGAAACCAAAAGGCCAGUAUAGGGAAUGAAAAAAACAAAACCGUUUCAUUACGUCUGGAAGUUGUAACUUUCCUGGCUGGACGGAAGAAAUGAAGACAUUGUGUUCUUUGACAGGGAACACAUUCACCUACUUUGCCACCUGCUGUUACAGCAGGUGUGAUGCUGAAAGCCACGAGAGGCGAUGGCCCAGAUACCUGCCAGAGCGGAACAUUACAUUCAUGUGACCUGUAUUUCGCCCAGUAUGACCGAUCCGCAACAUUCUGUCCAACCAACGGGAAGAGUGUGGAUUUUAUGGAAAAGAAAUAAUAAACAUUCUAUGAUUUCACCUUUUUUUAACAUAUCCAAUAUUUCAGGACAACAUAAACAAAGCUUUUCAACAACAUAUGCAGUCAUUCUACUGUUGUUUUGAGGGAAGUGGAAAAAACAACGUCAACCUCAGUCAGGAAUGCCUGAAUCUGGAACGGCCUGAUUUUCAGUUUUAAAGAUGUAUAAGUUAUGCCUUUGUUUCGACAUGUGUUCUUCCACUGGAUUGAAGGCACCUCUAUGACUAAUACUUAGAAGCACCGGCUGAAUCAAAGCGUGAUUUUAUACGUAUAGAAGUAUCUGUAGCUCUGCCAUGUACUGUAGUGUUGGAGACCGUCCUGCCAGUGAAUAGUUUAUAUGCUCUUUUGCACUGAUAUAAAGAGGAAUGAAGCUGAAAACAGGAUAUGAGUGUACCUUCAUCAUAGAGGCCAAAAGCUUCAGCCACUGUACUUACAUGUAUGUACUUAACUAAUUUACUUAACUUCUGUUGGGAAAAAGUGGCUACGUAUAUAUCUUUAUGAUGUCUUUAUUGAUCUAAAUAGCUAUAACAAGUAUAAUGUAAAUUCAUAUUUGUAUAAAGACUCAUCGGGUUAUGCAAAGAUUUAUUGCCCUGAUCACUGAUUUUGCUGAUCUACGUUAUCAGUGUCUUGGACUUUGUACUGAGGAUUUAUUACGUUUAUUUCUAACACUAUUAUUUUCAAAUCAAGUAAAGGAAGCUGUAAUGAUGGAA